AUCCAGGGUUAGUCAGAUAAGUCGCGUGACUAAGUGUAAAUUUGACGAAAAAUGUUAGCCAAGCGAAGAUGUCGACGAUCAAGGCGUUGCAAACGGAGGGCGUUAAAAAUUGUAAUUUUUUUACGGCGAAAAGCCAUGGUUCACAGCCCUCUCCAAUUCGCCUAUAGCGAUGUUGACGUCAAAGUUGUGACGUCGCUACCAUAUAGACUGAGAGGGUUGCAAAUUAUAGCUUACAGAUUUUGACUGAUUCAUUUUGACUAAUCAGUCACUCAGUCAGUCAAAAAUCAAAUAGCUAUGGCCCGCAACCCUCCCCAUCUCACCUAAGGGGCCUGUGACGUCAAAAUCGUGACGUAAUUUUCACACUCUAUGCGUAGUCCAACAAUAUGUGGCCCGCAGCCGGCGAAGGAAAUUUAGGUUCCGUUUUGCGUGGUUACUGAUAACCUGUUAGGCUAUAGUUUUAACUCCCAUCCGUCAGGAUUAGUCAAAGACUCACGCCUUUUGGCUUGGAUUCUUUCCGUACUAUUAUUGAUUAUGGCUGCAGCAGAUAUGUUGGCGCGGGUGCUUACUGAUUUAAAGUGUGAUAAUUUUGAAUCUGUUCGUAAAAUGCAAAAAGAACUUUUAGAAAGUGUUUAUUCUCGAGCAUUUUUGUUGUGUGGGGAUAUUUAUCCCUUGGUUGGUAAAAGUCUUCAUCGGAAUUCAGGUCCAGAUAUAUACCUUCCAUCUGAGGCGAGGUGUGAGGAUAAAGGAAUUAUUGUUUUAAGGUGAGAAGUAUGUUUUUUACUCUCCAACACACCUUGCAUUUAUCUAAAGGUUUUCAGUAUAUCUGCUACGAAAAGCUAGUUGGGGAGAGCUUUAUACAACAGACUAUUAAAUUAAAACCAAAUACAAAAAGAUUUAAUUAGCUAAUAGCUAGGGCUAAUACACCUUUACGAUAAUUCGGAAAAAAUAACACUCCAUCGCAGCUUAUUUUGCAAUCAGAGGAGGUAAACAUUACACUUUUAUAAGAGUUUAUUAAGGAGAAAACACUAUUUUUCGUGAUAACUUUUCUUGCCACGUUUUGUUUUUAAUGAAAAGUACACAUAAGUUGUAUCUUAUUAUUAUUAACGUUUCCUAAAAAUUUGAAAGAAAUUGAUACGACGGAAGUUAAAAAACUGGAGAAAACACGCUUUCGUCUCUAACAAACUCUCAUAAAAACACGAGUUUUACCUCCUUUUUUUCGAUAUUGUAAAACGAUGGAGAGCCGUAGGAACGCAUGUACAAUUGAAUUGUCAUAAAGGUGUAUUGUUUUUGUAAUAUGAGCUUUGAACAGAAUUUUCAGCAUUGCGGAGGAAUUCUUUCUCAAUUAAUAUUUGUGUUGUUAUUAGAAGCAAGAACUUGACAUCUGGAUAAGUAAGGUUGGUGAUGAAAAUAAACAACUCUUCGAAUGACUAUUAAGAAACAAGUUUGUUGAGUAAAAGGUCAUGGUAAAAUAUAUUAUUUUUAGAUCCAAUCCAUCAGGAGACUGUCUAUACAGCUCAGCAUCGUUGGUAUAGGCAUAGGUGAUAAUUCUCUUGUUGAUGUUUUGAGAAUCUUGACAUCCAUAGAACUUUUCUUGCAUCCUUCCUUUUAUUCCAAUCAUCCUUGUUUUCAAUUUGCUUUUAAAAACCAAAAGGCAAAUAUUUUUAUAUCUGAGAAAAGUUUAUUCAGAUUUUCCCUUUCCCAUAUUGUUUGUGAUAUGACUCUUUCUCCUGAGGAGGCAGUUAAAGCAGAAGCAAUCAACAACUGUACCCCCAAGACAUGGUUUCCUUUUCUGUCAAUACUUGCCUUGUCAACAGUAAUAAAGAGAAAAAUUAACACAUUUUACCCACAAUUCGGUUUGUUACAGUUUGUUACAACUUUCUUUACACAGUGUAUAUUGCCACACCCAUCUAUUUUACCUGAUGAAGAUCAGUUAAAAAUUUUAUUUUGUUAUGAAGAUAUUGUUAAGUCUGGUGUAGACUUCAAGCCAAAUCAUUACGUUCCCCUUUUUCCAGGUUGCAACUUUCUUAACUGAAAGUUGCAUUUUCCUAUUUCAGCAUGCAAAAAGCAGUAAAAAGCCCUUCUUAAUUCUUCUUUCAAAGUUCAAACGAAACUUGAGUUUAGCCCUAUGAAUAAACAAAUAUAUCUGAACAAAUACAUGGGUUGAGGUGUGUUUGUAUCAUAUCACAUGUAUGUAUAUUUCAUCUUCAUUAUCCUGAUCUUUCCAUAUUCUUAUUUUUUUUGUUAUUAUUGUGUUUUAUUUUGCUGUCCAUGGCUGGUGUGAUCAUUUGAUUCACCUAGUCAUGCUGAUGAAGCCUGAUAUUGGCAGAAACAGCAGGAGUUUAUAAAUAAUGAAAUAUAUUCACAAUUGUCUCACUUUAUUGUAGUUAAUCCCUGUUAAUUUUAGUGGUUUUAUCUAUCUAAAAUAAGACGUGUAAGACGGAGAUUUGAUUCUUAUAAAAGAUGUUCUUAGGAGAUUUUGUUAUAGCUUAGCGUUUCUUUUGGUCAAUUUUAUUAAUAACUAGAUAAAUCGGAAGACAAUUUUUCGGCGAUUUUUGUACCCGCAAAGCUUAAAAUUUAGCCCCCAGCUGCUAAAUUCAAGACUCAGUCUUGACUAAGUCUUGAAAAAGUCUGGAUCCGCCCCUGGUAAUAUGUGAUUAGACAAAGAAAUGGUACGCUAUAGUUAAUUUAUUGUAUUGGUAAGCCAGCUAGCAUCAAGCACCAUUACGAUAGCUAUCUAAUCUUUAAGGAAACAAAACACUAUACCAAAAACUAUGAAACUAUAAAAUAAAUUGUUUAUCCAACGUCUUGUAGCUAAAUGUUAGCUUAGCUACGAAAUUUUCAUAAGCAACUCAGUUGCUAAGAGUUUUAAACUGGGUGAAACAUAAAAGUUGCUUAGAUUUAAACCUUGGGUACGAGGUUGUCUAUAAUUAUAAAUUGGUUGAUAAAGUAGGCCUAAGGAUUGUUUUGAACUACAAAUAUUUGAUCAUUAUAUUGUUUUGAACAGAAACGAGAUUUGAGAAUACUGCUCAAGUGAUCAAACGAUCAAUGUUUAUACUUUAAUAUUUACCUGUAUUGAAUACCACAUGAUUUUUGCGUGAGAUCAAUUAAAAAAAAAUGCUCAACUGAUAAACACAAAACCUCACCUUAGCACAAAUAUAACAGCGGAAAUAAAAUGUCACUUCGGCAUACUUUACAGUAGAAUGGUGCAGUAAAAACUGUCUUUUUAUAAUUUAUAGAGUAACGAAUUUGUUUUAUCAAGUAAAUAUUGAAUUUCUUUAUUUCAAAUUUUAUGCGAAUUAUGAGACGAUAGUGAAAAAAGCAUGUUUAUACAUCUGGGCAAAUAAUUUGCGUAAAGUGCGUAAAAAAUACGAAGUUAACUGAUGGAGAAUAAGUUUCUUUAAAGACUUUGAGAGAGUUCACAAUUAUCUUGUCAGAAGAAUGAGACAAUUGCUUCCACGAUUUCGAUCCAUGUGUUUUAUAAUCUGUCUCAAUUGUCUUGUGGUACCCUUGACGUUGAGAUACUGGACUUGUCAAAUUAUGCAGAUCAAGAAAGUGGAAGAAAAAACAGAAAAAUAUCAAUCAAUAACCAUCCAGUCGGAUCGUUACAUCAAGAAAAUACCGAAAAGAAAAUGCAAUGCCAGACAACAUGUGGUGUUUUUGAAAACACAUAAAACAGGCGGUUCUACGAUAACCAAUAUUUUAAACAGAUAUGGAGAGGCGAGGGAUUUUAAUUUUAUAUUGCCUCGAAUAGGCGAAAAUCGGCUCGAUUGGCCAUGGUUUUUUCAGAAGGACUCAUUCUAUCCUUUAAACGGAAGCGAGCCAAACAUUUUAUGCAAUCAUGCAAGAUACAGUAAAGAAACUAUGAAAGCAGUCAUGCCGAACGAUACGAUAUUCGUGACAAUAUUACGACAUCCGAUAACACAGUUCGAAUCUAGUUUCUCAUACAUGACUCUCGAUAAGAUUUUGGGUAUGGAAAACUCCACAAAUCCGAUUGAAGAAUUUUUCAAAGAUCCAGAAAGCGUAUUGGUGAAUUAUGUCUUGACACAAGAUCUUCGAAUAAAUAGUGAUCGAUUAAAACUGAUACGAAACGGAAUGUUCUACGACUUGGGAUUGGAAUCUAAGGACUUUGAGAAUCGAGCAAAAAUAAGCGAGGCAAUUAGGCAAAUUGACAGCGAGUUUGACCUCGUUAUGAUAACUGAAUAUUUUGACGAGUCACUUGUGCUUUUAAAACGAAUACUUUGUUGGGAACUCGAUGAUUUGGUUUACUUUCGAUUAAAGCAACGAACUAACGGUUGGAUACGUAACUUAUCGAGCCCCUUGAAACGAAAAAUAACGCAUUGGAGUAGUGCUGACAUGGCGCUAUACGAACAUUUUAAUAGAACGUUUUGGAAAGUGAUAGAAAAGAUGGGAAGUGAUUUUUGGGAAGAAGUAAAAAUAUUGAAAGCAAAAACAAAAAUAAUGAAAAGUUUGUGUUUACGAAACGACAACACAGCAUCGGCCGAAUUGCUACAAACCGCUGAAACGAAACAGUUUAAACUGAGAAGCGACAUUCCUCGAACGGCGCGGGAAAUGUGCAAACGCAUGACAUGGGACGAGAUAAAGUAUUUGAAACACUUGCGUGAAAUUCAAAUUGAAAGAAUAGAAAGUGCUAACAAGAAGAACGACAGAAACAUUUUUGAAUCUUUCUCGUGGAUAGCUGAAAAAUUUAAAACUAUGUAAAUAAUCUUUUAUACGCAGACUUUUGAAAUCUUGUAAAUAUAUAAGAACGCCCGUUUUCUUUUACAAUACAUUUUUUUAUAACAGCCCAUUGAAUAAAAACAUUUAGGUUCGUCAAAAGUCAAGAACGGUUUUAGAAUCCCCAAUCUUAACAAAAAGACAGAAGGAGGGAAGAUUGUUAAAAGUAAAACUUUUGCUGACGACAAAGAAAGUUGUUAUCUAUAGGAGAAUAAAAACGAGAUCCACCUUUUUAGUCGUCAUAGAUAUGGUUAGAACUCAUGAUGACGUCACGAUUAAAUAAUUAUGUAAGACCCGUUAGGAUUUGCUGCAUACAUAUUCCCGUCUUAGAUUUUCACCCGUUGUACAUAAUCAGCGUGCGACUACAUCGUGAGUAUAGUACAAAAAUUAAUCUACGCGUAAGAGGGGCAAAUUAGAAUUGGGCACAAUCAUUCUUAAUAGACAAAAUGCGGUCAAUAAUAAUAAUAUAGAAACUUCACCCAUGGAAAAAUACACUUUUUCUCCCGUCAGCAAAUAAGUUAAUCUACUGGCACAACCAUUAGCCUUAUUCAUGUCGCGGGGGAAUGGUGACGAGUAAGGUACUUGUCGGGAAAAAAAUAAACAUAAUGGUAGUUGUGGAAAGACAGACAGAAUAAGGCUAUUUUUAAAUAGAACUAGUUGUUAUCCCGUAGAACAAUCCACGGGAAUUCGCCGUCAUAAUUAUUUUGCGUACUGUUA